AUGGAAAUGAUAAUUAUUGAAUUAAUAACAUAUCCAAUCAAUAAUAAUAAUAAUUUUAACAUACUGAAAAUAUUUUUAAAACCUUUCGAGAACAAACAGAUUUACCAAUUAAAACCAUUCAAUACCCUUACAGGAUCUGCUGUCGUCGAUAUUAUGAAUGAAAGGAUUUUAUUACUUCUCAAAACUAAUAUCAAUAACUCCCAUAAAAAGUCACAAAGUCGCAGAAACAAAUUCUUUCAAAGUCUUUCAAUCUCGAGUAAAUCAGAUAAAUGCAGCGUUAGAAAUCUUGGUGAUUCCCCUCGUUCAUCUGGUUCACAAUCUGCUUCAAGUGCCUCCACCAUUAGGGAAAAUGAUCAAGUAUUAAAAGUAAAAUACAUUUCAUUAGAAAAGCAAUUAUUUAAAAAAGAAGAGGAGAAGAGAGAACUUUUAGAACAAUUAGAAUUAGGCAAGAAGAGGGGAUCAACAUUGGUUUCUAAACAAACUGAUGAAUUCGAAGAUAAAGCAGAACAAAUAAAUCUUUUACAAAGAAAUUCAUUAAAAGCGGUAGCAUCAAAUUCAUCAAAAUCUAAUGUUGGUAGUUCAAAUGCAGGUGCUAAUAGUUCACCAAUCAUCUCAUUGAAUACUUCAGAAGAAAUCAAUGGUAAUAGAAUCAAAGAGAUUGAAUAUGAAUUUGAAAGCUAUAGAAUUGCAAAAGAGAAUUUAGCAAUGGAGACAGUUAUUAGAAAGCCAAAGAAAUAG